AUGGAGCUGGCUCGCUCGCUCAGGUUCACCCGCACCGCCCGCGCUCGCAUCGACAAGGCUGGCGGAGAGUGCAUCACCCUCGACCAGCUUGCGCUCCACAAGCCCACCGGCGCCAACACCCUCCUCCUCCGCGGCUCCAAGAACUCGCGCGAGGCCGUCAAGCACCGCGGCUCGGGUGUCAACCACGCCAAGCCCUACGUCAUCAGCAAGGGCAAGAAGGAGGAGAACGCUCGCGGUCGCAGGAAGUCGCGCGGCUUCAAGAUCUAA